AGCGGCGGUUUCUCCAACAUCUUCCCGGCGCCGGCGUACCAGACCGCCCAGAUCGCCUCUUUCCUCAAGACGGUCCCGUCCGACUUCAACGCCACGUUCAACCUCACCGGACGUGGGUUCUCCGAUGUGUCGACCCAGGGCUGGAACUUCCAGGUCGUCAACAACGGCACCACCACCUUGACGGGCGGCACGAGCGCCUCGUCACCUACGUUCGCCGCCGUCAUCGCAUUGAUCAACGACCGGCUCGUGGCUGCAGGCAAGCCCGUGCUCGGCUUCCUGAACCCGUUCCUGUACGCCAAUCUGGGCGCGUUCAACGAUAUCACUGUGGGUCACAAUUCUGGAUUCGUGUGCCCUGAAUCCGGCGUCGGUUUUGAUGCUACGACCGGCUGGGAUCCUCUGACGGGACUGGGGACCCCCAACUUUACCAGUCUCCUUGCUGCGGCCAUGGCUUAAGCGACUGUCGUGCAGCAUUGAGUUACGAUGGCAUGAUGGAUCUGAGCAACAGCCGCGAGAUUGAUUCCAAUAAAACUUUGAUUGUUCAGAAUCUGCCUGAAUUACUCACUUCUAGUCAUCUGAGAGCCAAAUUUUGUCAAGCCUGUCGAAUUCGAGCAGUGAGAACUUGUGCGCAAUAGGGUUAGGGUUUCA